GUGUGUGUGCGUAUAACCUUAAUAAAAUCGCAUAAUGUCGAAUGGGUCGUAUACGGUCGUAUGACUCGUGAAUAGUAAAGUGUACAUAGUAUAGUUUUAAGUUUCAAGUUUGAAAUUCACUAAUUAUCAAUCGCCGACGAUAUGGCGAUCCUACAAAUUCUAGUUCGGCCGGAAAUCUCGAGAUUUUUUGGAGCCAGAUGCUUGAGCAAUAAACCAAAAUUCGGCCUCCUCUUCGACAUUGAUGGUGUGAUAGUUCGAGGAAAAAGUGUCUUACCACCCGUCAAGGAAUCCUUCAGUCGCCUCAAAGGUCCGGACGGAAAAUUUCGAGUGCCCACAGUAUUCGUAACAAAUAGUGGAAAUGCCUUACGAAGUGAAAAAGCGGAAGAUUUAACAAAAUGGACAGGAAUCGAAGUCUCGGAGGAUCAAGUAGUCAUGGCCCAUUCCCCCCUUAAAAUGUUUAGUCAAUUUCAUGACAAACAAGUCCUCGUAUCUGGUCAAGGAAGGGUUCAAGAAAUAGCUCAAGAGUUGGGUUUCAAGAAAACCGUAACGAUAGAAGAUUUAGUCAAGAAUUUUCCGAACUUGGAUUACGUUAAUAAAGACAGAAGAGUCUCGACAAGUGGUCCGGUCGAUCCGAAUUUCCCAAGGAUAGAAGGUCUCGUACUGCUCAGCGAACCUGUAACUUGGGAAACACCCUUACAAUUAAUGGUGGACCUUUUGAUGACAAACGGAAUGCCUACGGGGAUGCUACCUUCCAUGCCUUAUCCUCACAUUCCUGUUUUAGCUUGCAAUAUGGAUUUAUUGUGGGUGUCCGAGGCGCCGAUUCCGAGAUAUGGUCACGGGGCUUUUCUACAUUGCCUCGAAAAUUUGUACAAGAAAGUUACGGAGAAGGACAUUGUUUACACUGCACUGGUUGGCAAACCUAGUGAAAUUACGUAUUAUCAUGCUAAUCACAAAAUUCUAGAUCACGCAAGGAGUAUUUUGAUCAAUCACAACGUCGACACUAUCUAUGCAAUCGGAGACAAUAUCAACACGGACAUAUAUGGUGCAAAUUUAUAUGACAAAUACUUGGCGCGUUAUACGAAAGGCAAGGGAACGAAAACCAAAACUCUGGAGAGUCUCUUAGGAAAAAAUAUCGAAGGUCCAAGCGCAAAAGCCUGCAUCAGUAUUUUAGUAGAAACUGGAGUCCAUCAACGAGAUUCAGACGUUAUCGCCGAACAUUGUCCUCGAGAUUUUCUGCCUGUAGAGGAAGGUUUGUGUAAACCAGCUUUUAUCGUAAAAGACGUAAGCUGUGCAAUUGAUCUAGCUUUCAAAGAAGAAAAAUAUGAUUGAGGCGUAGGUUCGGAAUUUAUAGUUAGCAACAAAUAACUAGUGAUCUUCCGUUAUCGGUUGUCAUUGCCCAGAGGUGUAAUAGAUCACUAUCAAAAUUUAGCGACUUUAGAAAAAAUAGACGAAUUUCCCUUUUUCUCCAGAUGCAGAAAAUACAGUAAAUUCGUCUCAGGUUUUUGCUUUGCGCAUCUGGAAUCGAAAAAUGACUUUAAAUUUUGUUUCUAGAGUUAGCUACUAACGAUAUUUGAUUAUGACAUUAAGUCGGCAGAUUUUAGCACGCGUCUGCAAUUUUUUUCGAAAAAUCUUUUAUUCUUGCGGAUCAAUUAAUUCGGACGAAUGAUUUUUUUAUUGGCUAUAGUCUUGUUUUAAAUUACUGCCGCCAUAAAACUGUGAAUAAAUACUUCCUGUUGGGGUUACCAGACCAUUUUUAUAUUCUCAUAAAAAGAAAUUUACUUUUUUAUUACACUUUUGAUUUAAGCGCAAUCUGAAUGAAACGCUUUCAAUUUGGGAAAAUGUACAAGUAUUUUGAAAAUAUCAAAAUAUAAUCGAGAGGUUAAGCACAAUUUUUAAUUUUCUUUUAAUUAAAAUUUGUUCUGGCAACCCUGCCAAAAAUAUCUAGUCUAAAUGUGUGUCUAAUAGAAUAUCAAAUACGCUCUGCGCCUCAAGACACAAAACGAAACAUUUUUUUUGCAGUCGUGCCUUUUGCAAUAGAGUAUAUAUUUUUUUGUAUUAUUCUACAUAAUAAUGAUUUUAUUCACUACGUUAAACUGUGGAAACCAAUCAACGUACAAAAUUGUUUCUAGGCUAAGAAUUGCGAGUUUUUAAUUGUUAGAGAGAUUUAAGGUAGUUUGAUAUGUUUAAAUACGUUUUCGUGUUUAGACUUGCAUAAUGACUUUUACAAAGUUUCGUGUAAUUUUUAUAGUAAAUUAUCAUUUAGUAAUUUGCACAAAAUUAAAAGAAUAAGAUGUCGAUUCUUUUGAAUAUAAUUCAUUCGUAUUGCGUAGAUUUAAUAAUGAUUUUCUGCUAGUGAAAAUUAUUUUCAAAUAUUCACAAAACAAUCAGAGAAAUAGCUUUUCCCAAUCUGACAAAAGAAUCGAACAUCUCGAUCUUAUUUUUAACUUACGUCUAUGUGAUACCGAAAAGGCAAGACAAUCAGUUGGACUUGUCUUUCCGAGCCACAUGCAAUAACAAAUUUCUUGUAUGUAAUAUGAGCGAAAUUUAAGUUCUAAUUAUUCACAUUAAUUCCUGGAACGAUUUAAACCAGAAAUUAGAAACUAAAAAAAAAUCAAUCAGUAGGAUUAGAAAAAGAAAAAAAAAGUGGGACGGAAAGC